AUGCUGUGUCUACUUCUUGGCACGUGCCUGAGGCCAUCCACCCGAGCGAACUUCUCUCCUUCGCUCUCCCACCUCCCCCACCAUAUCGAUCCGUCUCCAAUCCCCACCUCCUCCUUCCCAUCGUCCAAAGAGGCAUGCGGUCCCUCUGCUACUUGGGGCUUCUUCGAGAACCCCGAUCCCUUCGCGGAGGUUGCCCGUGCUAGGGCCCUCGAGGAUGACGACGCCAUCGAUUUCGAGGAUACCUACGAUGGCCUGGGCGACCAACUCGAUGAUGAUCAGGAUGCCUUCAACGACGACACUUUCGGCGGCGCCGGCCCUGCUGGUCCCAGCACUGGAGCUGUCGGCAAGGACUUCGAUUUCUUCGGCAAGACUGCGACUGUCGCCGAUGCAAUCGGCGAAGAGCAAAUUCGCUACGCCUUGCAGCACCCCCAGGCUAUCCCCGUGUCUGGUCAACAUGUUCAACCCGCUGCGCAACCUGAGCCAGCGUUCUCCAAGCGUAGCGGUUACGAGAAAUAUUCCGACCCCGGUUUCAUCCCCGACCUUCAGGCGAAAUCGAGCGUUUGGGGGGUUUCCCAAAAGAAGCCCGAGCCCGAGCAUAUGCCCAUGCCCAUGUCCAUGCCAGCCAUGUCGGCCGCUCGCAAGAUGAUGAGUCUAGAUGAGGUGGAGGCACAGAUGCAGAUGCGCAACCACGGCUAUCAGCCAUCGCCAGUGCCGCAAGCUAUGCAUCCGCACUUGGCCGAUCCAUCUGCCUACAUGCGCCACCCGCAGAAUAUCCCGCUCCCUGAUGGUUUCCUCUACGAUUCCUCCCGAGGUCUUGCGAGCACAACUCGAAAGAGGUGGUCUUCCUCCGGGAAUGCCUCACCCCCCUCCCGGGAUGCCGGAAAUGCAUGGUCCCCCUCCCGGUAUCCCGGGGUAUGCGCCAACCUGGCCCGCCCCCCAACCAACGGGCACCGCAGCAGCAGCAGCAGCAACAAGUUCCCCCCGCCGUCUUCAAGAGGUCCCAAUGGGGGACUGCCCGUUAUCACCGAUCCCCAGCAGCUUGUGCAUCUUACUGAGGAGCAGCGCAACGCUUAUCUCGACAAGAACUUUAUCACUCGCAUCCAGCUGCAACAGCUUGUGGCGGCGGCUGGUAAUGUAGCGGAUUCCGACCCAGAGGCUGUUCUAGCAGAGGACUUCUACUACCAGGUCUAUAGCCAGAUUCGCGGGGCCCCUCGCCAACACCCUCACCAACCCCUGGGGCACUUUGCUCAGACAUACCUCCUUCAGACAGGAAACCGGAUCGGUGGCCAUGGAAACCGCCGAGCCUUCCACAGCGCGGACAACCACAUGCAGCGAAUGCAACAGCAGGUUCAGCGUGCCGUUGAGGCGGCCAAGGCUAAGCCGAAGAACAAGCAGCUGAUCAUUGAGGGCAGCCUGGGCAAGAUCUCCUUCAGUAACGCCAAAGCGCCGAAGCCAAUGCUCAAUAUUAAGCGACCUGACAGCUCCGAGGGACCUCGGCCUAAGAAGUUGCAGUCCAACCUCAGUCUGAGUGACCGCAAGUCGAUCCUUACCAACAUUGAGGGUGUUUACAGCGGUCUCAUGUCUAUGGAGGAUAUGGAGCGUACCAUGCCCCCUCCACCGGAGGAGGGUGACGCCGAGGCGAUCCAGGAACACAUGGAAUGGCGCCAAAAGGCCCGUACUAUCAACCAAAAGCUCUGGCAGUCCCUGAAAGUUAUGGAGCCCAUUGUUCCCAACUCUACCACCCCGCAUCCGUUCAUUGCGUUCUUGUCCUACCCUAAGGGUAAGAAGGCCAUUCCCCGUAUUUUCCGCCACAUCGACCAGGAGCAGCGCGUGACCAUCCUCACCAUGAUUGUCGUCCACCUGGAUAGUUUGGAUGUGGUUCACUUGGCACAACCCGUUCCCGGCGAGGCUCAACUCUCCGUGGCUAUGCGUGAGUCAAUUGAUCUGUUCUCGUUGGCCGUGAUGCCCAGCUUGCUGGGAUACGUCAAUGAGGCUCCCUUCAACAUUAUCAUUGGCCUUCUGGGCCUGGUCAUUGCUCAGACUCAUGUACAAACCGUUGCUCGCACCAAGGUCGGAUUGGGUAUUUUGACCAUGCUGCUCAGUCGUGCCGAGAUCGUCAAGGAAGCUGGCCAGGCCUCCGAGGCCGAUUGGCAACAGUGGGUAGCCAAGUUCAACGUGCUGUUUGACACUUUGGAGCCUGCAUUGGCCGAUAUCUUCACCAGCCCGAUCAACUCUGGCGACGACAUGUAUGUGUGGCAGUUCCUUGCCGCUGUUGGUAUUGGUGCCAGCCCCGAGCAGCAGCAACGCCUCGUAAUUGCUGUCAAGGACCGUGUUAUGGAGACCGUUGCCUAUAGUAAGACUCUGCCGGCUGACAUGGCUAGCUCGCGUCUUGGUAACGUCAACCUCUUCAUGCGUGCCAUUGGCCUUGACGUGGAGCUUCUGGGAUAA